AGCCUUGCUUCGAUCGCUCCCCAGGUCGCCAUGUUUUGCCCGAAAAAUAUGACAAAAUAAUGCGUUUUUUCAACCAAAAUUGUGACAAAACAGGCACCAAAAAUACAAAUAGAGGCCGUGGAAGGGGAAGAGGAGCGUAUAACGGCAUACAAAGUGAGUAAUUCUUCAUAACCGUUGAAAAUAAUAACGAAAAUCAUCCAGAGCAAGCAGAAGCAAAGGUGGCACAACCUCGGAAGAUUAUGUUCCCCAAAAACCCCAAUACCGACAAAGGGGAAGAUUUGGAAAAGGUGAAAGUAAAGUCCUUAGAUGAAAUCAUACGCGAAAGAAAACAGAAGGUCUUAGAAGCACAGCGAUCCGACACAGCGUCCGAAACAUGCAAAGAAAAUGGAGAAAGUGACUCUGCAUGUACAAGUGUAACAAGGUCAGGCUGUCAAGUAAGACUUUUUCCACUCACCAUACCCAUCAAAGCCUUACCAUCUCGUCCAAAACAGAUGGCACGAAGAGGGAGAGGCAAGACAAUUGUUAGCUCACAUAGCAGGCCGAGAGUAAACUCUGGAAGCUCUGACAGUGCUAUGGAAACAGAAAAUAGCAAACCAUCCAUUGACAACACUGUGUUAGAUGGGUCUAUAAAGAGAGAGUUGAAGAGAGAGGAAAAUAUCUCCUUUGAAGUUGAUGAGGAGGCGCUACUCAUGAGUGAAUCUGAAGAUGGUGGGGACAAUAUUGAAAGUUCUUCAUUGUCUGGGACAUCUGAGGUUGAUUUUAGUGAUGUGCCGCUGGGUGGUUCCCACAAAGAGGAUAUCCUGGAUGAAGUUCUGUCUCUCCACCCUGAUGAUGAUUCUAUGUUUGAUGAUAUGGAAGAUGAUGCUGAAAAGUCUGGCACCAAGCGUUUGAGUGGGAGGCAUUCAACUAGUAAAAGACACUCAAGGGAACCUUCAGAUGCUAGGGAGUUAAUUCAAGCGAGGCAGUCUAAACCCUCUGAACCACUCAAGAUUAAAUCUGAGGUGGACAAAUCAAAAGAAGAGGAAGUUAAAGAGGAAUCAAGAAACAGGACUGAGAGGGGCUCCAAAGUAAAAAGAGAGCCAGAAUGGCUGAGAGAUCAGCGGUCACCUGGUGAGAAGCGCUUCAAAAUCCCAAAGAAACCACGAAAUGCAAGAGUUGGCUUCAAGGGUGCCAGAGGGCGAGGGAGCUACCACAAAAGCCAAGAAAGAAGCAUGUCAAAUGACUUGCCAGACUUUUUCCAAAAGGAGGGAUAUAACACAAAUGUAAAGUUAGAAAAUCUCCAAAAAUCAGCUACCAAGUUGUUGUCCUAUCUACAAGAGCAGAUAACAAACAAUCCCAUUGUUAAAGAAGGACUAAGUCCAUUGCUGUUCCCCUCACACCCAACUGCAGGACUGCAUGGUAACCCAGGUAUUCUUGGUCCAGCACCAACCAGUAUGUUGGCUAUUCCAGGCAGUACCAUGGGCCAGAGGGAUUCUCAUGAGGUACCUAGGGUUACACGAUCAGGAGUUCAUAACUCAAGAGUCUACCAUGAGAGGAAUGGACCAUACUGUGACCCAGCUCAUGUUAGACCUGUUGAUCUCAUGGAAAGAAGUAGCAAACCCUUGCCCCCUCAUUCACUUGACAGGCUCAGACUUGAGCGGUCUUUAGGCAUAGAUCAUUCAAAGAACCUUAAGCAGCAUGGGAACUCUGAUGUAAGCUUUUCAGGUCACUCUAGCCCUCGGGAGGGCAAUUCAUCCGGACAUUCAAGCCCUCGGGAUGGAAUGGAGGUAGACAAGCCUGCAACCCUGAAGAGACAGAGUUCAAGGCAGAGAGAAACAUGCAGUAAAGUUAAGAAAUUAGAGGCUAAAUCUAAAACCCCAGAUUGUCCUGAAGGCUACUGUUGGAGUCAGUUCCAAGUGGGAUUGUGCUCAUUUAAGUUUUGUAGACUAAAACACUUCCCUACAACUGAAGAACUGCAGAAGUAUAAGGAGACUGGAGUUCUUGAAACAGAAAGUGCUGAUCUCCCAAGUUGUGACGAGGCAGUGGCCCCUCCACAGAAUGCUGAAGAACAGCAGUCAGGAAUGUUUGACCCCAACAUAAUACAGGCUGCUUACAAUGCCCUGGCAAAAAAGGCAGCAGAAGAGCUAGAAAACAAGAACUUGUCUAAUGUCUGGACAAUACUGGAGACCAUGAGUCAGGUGGACUCGUCCCCACAUCACGUGUUUCUAAAGCUUCUGCAGCAAACACUUGUUUCCUGUGCUGAGCUGCCUAGUGACCCUGAAGAAGUUGCUAAAGUCGCAGGCCAGGUCUUCGAGCUGAUCGGAACUGUCCAGAGCAAGCACACUCGCCAUGACUACACAACUUUUAUCCAUGUACUUUGUUGCACUGGAAAGAUAACCAGGGCUUAUGAGGUUCUAAAAGUGAUGAAGGAAAAUGGUAUUGUUCCUACUCAUGAUGUCUUCAUUGACCUGAUUAGAGCUUCUCUGGAAGAACCUGACUUAGCUUUUGAACUGCUCAAAGAAGUGAAGGAACUAAAACUGUUUAGAACAAGUAUUUGCAGUGAAUUAAUCCUGUUGAGUUGCCGUGGGAACACCCAUAUGCAAAGGGCAUGGCAGCUGUUUCAAGAAAUGGUUGACAAGCAGGUUCCCCUCAGCAUAGAUGCUGCUUCCAAGCUCAUCUUGACAUUCAUCUCACUCAAACAGACUGAGAAAGUCUUUGCUGUUGUCAAAAAGUGCUCAACCCUUCCAUUAAUGUUGCCAUCAGAGACCCUAAGUGCAAUGAUAUGGAGCUGUGGCACGAAGGAGGAUUACAUAGAACUAGCAACUGCAAUGGUAUGCAAACAUGCAGAGACCUGCGAUCCAGGUUUAGAUGCUGAGACUUGGAACUGUUUGUUGUAUGGUUGCUGUAAUCCACAUUACAAGAUUGUGGAUCAUGCCCGGAGGCUGUAUUUAUUCAUGAACACAUUCUCCAUCCCACUUCUGCCAAAGGUAUUUAAUGUUCUUCUAUGUUUCCUGGGAAAAGCAAACCUAAUCAAAGAAGCUCUUGAGGUGUUCCAUGUCAUCAGAGAAAACCCUGAAGUGGACUCCAACCCUAGAGCAUAUUUUGAAGGUGUGGCUGCAAUAUUCUCUGCUCUUCAGAAAGAAGAAGAUCUCGAUGGCAUUUGCAAUGUUGCUGAGUUUAUGGUUGAAAAAGGGUUUCAGGUCAAUGCGAUUACACUGAUGAAAAUAGCCACCAAAUAUGAGAUGGAAAAGCUUUACGAGAGGAUGUUUUCAUUCUUUAAAAAGUUUUUUAAGGGGAAUCUUAAUCCUCCCUAUGCUGUACUGCGCAAAAUGCUGAGCUGCCUUGAAGAAUGGAGUGAAAACACAUCAGCUUCUUUAGAAGUGUACAAGACGAUGCGCCAACUCUACCCAAGGCCACCAGAAGAUGAAUCUUCUACUGACAACUGCAAUAGACCACCUUUCGAUGACCAGAGGUACAUUCAUCAGCCAACUAUACCUUGUCGAUUCUUUGCCAAGGGAAACUGCUUGAAAGGGGACAGAUGUCUCUAUCUUCAUGCUCAGGAAGCCAGCCAUCCCAUGCCACCAAUUUUCACUGAGACAGUGACAUGUUCCUCAUAUGAGGUAACAAACUCACUCAACACUCACCCUGCACUGGUGAGAGCAGACAGCUCCGGAGAACCUUCAAACGCUCCUAAACACUCUCCACUUAGCAGCAGGCAUCAGCCCCCACCAAGUGUUGAUAUGUCUCAACCACCACCGCCAGCUUUUGCUGCACCACCCCAGCACCUACCUCACCUAGGAGGGGCAGUGACUCAUACCACAACAUCACAUCUGUUUGGGCCCUCGCCAUUUGUACCAUCAUUUACUGCUCAUUUACCCAGGCCUGUAGUUUCUGCUGAAGCAUUCACACCUGCAUUUGGUGUUGGUGCUACAAGUCUGCCUCAACCCAUUGCAUCAAAACAGCUAGAACCACCCCCACAGCCACCCAAAGCUGGUCCAUUUGUCCUCAUGAAAAAUAAUCAAUCCGGAUUUGGGUUCUCGAGAAUUGGGGAUCGACUGGGACCACUUAACAAUCCAGCAAGCUCUUCAGAAAGCAGUCCCACAUCACCAUUCACACUUAUACCACAACAGUCAAGCCUAUUUGCUACAUCAUCUCUUGGAACAGAUAUUGGGCCACGCCCAGAAAGCCUACAACCAUGGGCGACCAGACACAGUGUUGAUGUAGCAAGAUCUACAGGUCCUGCAUUAGCUAGCAGAGGAACUCACUCAGCCCCAGUAUUCCCCACCAACUCUGAUCAGGGAAGGUUCAAGUUCCCCACCUCUACAAAUGUGCAGUUCUACAAGGCUAGAAUAGAGAAAGUGGCAGAGGAAGCAGAAUGGGAGGACCUGGCAGAUAUCUAUUCAGAGAUGAAAGCCAAGAAAGUCCCCAUUGAGAGAGAAAUGUUAUUUCUCUUCUAUAGAGCUUUCCUCAUGACAGGUGCCAAGGAUGUUGGUGAUGCCUUCCCAGUAUUUGUCAGUGUUCUUGACCAGGUUGUAAAUGAGGACAAUGAAAGUGAUGCAAGCGCUGGGGAGGUUUUUGACACAAAUGAGCAGACUUUGAUAGGACAGCUCGGUGUUGCUCUGAUGCAAGAAUGCUUCGGUCUGCAAGAAUUUCAGGACGGCUACAAUAUCCUCCACACUCUUCAUCAAUACUCGAUCAACUAUUCACAAUACUCAGCAAAUUUUAUUCCUAAUUUACCUCCGCUAUCGCCUUCAUCUGUGGCAAUGCUUGCUGUUGAGAUAUGCUUAAGUAUUCAAGGACCCCAGUAUGACAGUGCUCUUGAAGUGUUACGAGGCUGCAAUUAUGCUCUUCCAGCAAUUGGAACCACUUUGACAAUCAGAGAAGCAAAUAUUAGGCAAUCACUGUUUGAGAAACUUGCUGCUUACUACCUUCACCGUGAAAGAACUGAUGAGGUUGAAGAACUGCUUAGCAAUAUUGGUGACAAAAAUUUGUUUGGACUCAUCCAUCUUAAAAAGAUUAACAAUAACCUUAUUCGUUGCUACUUGAAACUUGGAGAAUUAGAAAAAGCUCUUACUAUUUCCAAGCAAAUGGAGACAGAUAACCUUAUGCGUGAUGGAGAUGUUCUAAGGGCAUUGAUUACAAAGCUAGCUGGGGCUGAUCGCAUUACAGCAGCCAUGGAACUGUUUGCUGUUGGAUGCUCUCAAGGGCUAUACCCUCCUUUCCCAGAGGGCGCAGCCCUGUGGAAAGCAACCAUUUGGUCAGAUUUCCACAAAUUUGAGGCUCAGAUUUACUUAGAACGUCACAUGCAACUGCUUAGUUCAUAUGUGAAGAAGCAGCGGCAGGAAUCUGAAAUGCCUUAUAGUGACAAGCACUUUCAAGCACUGCGGAUUACCAUAAUAGAUGUACACCAACAGAAGGGAAUGAAGCAGGAAAACGUUAUCGAAGUGUUGAGUAGUGAGUUCAACCCUCCUUUGAGCUGCGGCAUAUCUGACAAACCAGGGGAGGUGAUUGUGAACCCACGAAGCCUGAGACGUUGGUUUCUUGCCAAUCCACUCUCCAGCCGUAACAUUGAGACUUCAUUGUUUUCCAAUGCUGCCGAGACACCCACUCAUAGAGAUGUGGUGGCCUCUAAUCGCGAGCAAGGUAUGGUGAUCCACGUAGGUGUCAGUAAUGAACCCCAGGCUGUGUCAAAAGCUCCUGAAGUACUGCAGGCAGAGGUGGAAGAGGUAAAGAAAAAAGUGAGGAACACCAUCUCUGGUCUGCUAACACGCUAUCUCCGUGAUAAAAGGAUAUCUAGUCGGGAGCACUUACGAACAUAUGGGCGGGAACUUGCUGACGAAUAUAUGAGGAGCAACACUAUUGAAGAAAUCCAGAGAAACAAACGGGAGACGCGUGAACGUAUUCAAAAUUUCGUUGCAAGGCACUUUGAUACCCCAGACGUUAGUGGUUGAAGACCCGAUUCCCAGAGAUAUUUCAUUAAUACUUGGCGAUCUCCUACCAAAUACCCCUGAUCAUCACGUGAUAAAGCUGUAAAUAUGUGGCAACUACGAUAAUUACGGAUCAAAAUACAUGGACAAAUGCAAUGUUCUAGCCAUGUUUGUGAAGCAUCUCCCUGGAUGCAAAAACAAAGGGAAAGUUAAAUGAUUUUCUGACUUUAUGCCUAAUGAGCGACCUCUUGUUUUACUCUGAAAAGCGUUCGAUUUGGUAAAUGCAUCGUUGUUAUCCCGUUUGGUUACCUGUAGAUAGAUAGUUAUUAAUUUAUAUAAGUUUUAGUGUUGUUGGUAUGCAUUUGAAUGUAUCACUGCUCUCAAAGCUCUCCUCCUCCCACAUCAUUUAAGUAGUUCUUCUUUUCGCUUUAAGACUCUCUUUGAAGUUCUUUUUUCUUUUUUUUUUGUCAUUCGACGUUUUCUAGAAUUUUUCACGGAAUUGCAAGUUUUUGUUAGGCUCUCUGAGUCUUGUGAUAUGACAUAAUGUUGAAGGCGUCAUCUGAUGCUCUUAUUGAUGCAAUGGUAGUUGACAUAUAUGAUCAUAUAUUUGAAUUAUAACUCUGUUUAACUCAGCAUGUUUGCUGCAGAUCUAUUUCAAGCCUGCUGAAGCGUUAUAUUGUUUAUAUAUUUUUAUUUAUUGAUAUUUAUUAAAUGUUGAAGGCAUUCCUGUUUACUACUACUGUUUUUAAAUCGUCCAUGCAAGAAUUUGGAAAGGUCACACUGUUCUUUGCUUCAACUGUCUUCCAUGAUAAGUUUGUGAGGAAUCGGGUAAAAGAUUUUCACAGAUAUUUAUUUAGGCAAUUUCCGCAUUUUAAAAUUAUCCAAUAUUUUUUUAUUCAAAAUAAACCUUUUAACCCUAAAAUCAAAUCUUAAAAAAAAUGCAACAUUUUGUUUCAAGUAUGAUGACUAUGGUGCAAUUAAUUGUUUAGGCGAAUGAAUUUACUAGGAUUAGCAUCUAAUGGCAUGAUAACCAAGUUCUUUUACAGAGCAAUUUUCCAUACCAAUCUAUUUUAUGUGCUAAUAGAAUCACGUAAAAUUGAACUAUAACCCUUUCAUUAUACUGAGUUAUAUUCUCCCAGACGUGAAAUUUAACCUUUUUCUAUAGCUUAUUAUUUCGAGUCUUGUUUGAAACUAGUGUGUAGCGUACGCUAAAUAUUUGUAUUAAGCCUAACUUCCUUUCAACAACAUGUGCUCUCCGACCAGAAUGGAAGACAAUGGACAAUAUUAGUUACUCAAAGGUCUAAAUUUUCUCCAUUUUAAUUUGCACCAAACAGUGAAGUGUAGUAAGAUCUUUGACUUUUCAGCUAUCUUGAGUUUCUCGAAGAAGAAAGGUUUUUAAGUUCAACUUUUCACUUGGCUGAGUAGUUCCUGCAACUUCGGUGGUUUCAAUACCCAGUUCCUGUACACAAGCAAGCCUUCCAAUGUAACUGUGGUUGUACCAUUUAAUCCAGUGCAAUUUUCCCCAUGUUUGAAUCCAAGGAAUCCAUUCAGGUCCUGGUUGCCCUUAUGUCCUUCAUCGCUGUACCACGAAAGGUGCUGAUAUCAUUACAUUCUUGUCCCAGAAUCUUCAAGGCCUUCUCAGUUUCGGGACUUGGCGAUGUCAGGCAGCCACGUACAUCCUCGAAAAAUUUUAAGAUUCCAUCCAUGCGUUUGACUUCUCCUCCUAAUCGCUUUUGCAUUCUGCUCCUGUUAAAGGUCCAUAUUUAGUCUGACCUGAGGAGGCAUGCCUUGAAAUUGUUUUUACUUCUCGUCUGAAACGGUUAUUUGAAGAGGAGGCGUAUAAAUAUGGCCAUUUCCUGUGGCUGUGACGAAAGGUUAUGUUAAUCAUAUUGACAACUUUCCUCGUUAUGAUUGUGGAUGGAGGUGUUAGCAAGAUGUGGUACCUUUCCACGUUUGGAUGUUUGCGGCCCCUUGUUUAUAUUUUCAUGAUAGUGUUAAUUUAAUUGGUAUUAACAUUUUGAAAUAAUUUCCUAAAACCCCUUUAUAGUAUCAUAUAAUAUUAGCCUGUGGUUCGUUUACUUGACUGUUAGUUUUCUGUUCAACUAAAAUUUCGUCAUAAGAUACACCGUUAAACCUGAUGAGGUCAAAUAUUUUGUAUAAAGAUUUGAAUGUAAAAGAAACUACAAAAGUUGAUAAGAUUGUAAAUCAAAUGAUUUUCAAUAAUUAAAACACAAGGAUAGAGUUCAGCAAUGUAAAUCAUUAAUUUUGUCGAUUUUCACAAACAGUGUCUGAAUAUUUUAUAAUUAUACCUUGAGGCCGAUAAAUGUUCUAUUCAAGAUUAAAGUUCGCCAAUAAGAUGGUCAAUCUUAGACAAAAAUAGGGACGAUUGAAAAUGGUUUGUAUAGCAGCGGUUGUUUUUCAGUGCCGGUCACUGGCCGCUCUUAUCAAUUGAUCUAAUGGAUUAAAAUCCCGUUGAAAUUAAUUUCCAACGCUUAAUUGAUAAAGUACCCCAAACAUGUGAGACGAAGUGACCAUUUUAUUUGGCAUUCUUUAUAUUAAAAGGUGGUCUGUGUUGGCAAUUUUAAAAUAGGGAAACAGAUCUCCAUUCAAUAGCUCAGUCUGUUAACACACAGUUGAUUUUUUUAUUAAACCAAUGUCGUGGUAAUAAAUCUUUCAAAAGUUAUAUUUUCAUUUGGGACGCUGCUACAAGAAAAAGAAAAACGAUUAUUAUGCCUACCACUGCUUUUUAUACUCCUCUGUCCAGAGAGUGUAAUCUGUGACUGGUUAUUUAUAUUCAGUGAUAUUCUAGUCCUUGUCAAUUCCAUGUCCUUGAACUUUCCGAGAAGAGCUAUGAGAUCCUCAUUGGGUUGCCAAUCCUACAAUUCAUUCCUGGCGCUUGGUAUUGGUUAUGCACUCUUGCUCUUCUCAAACAUCGUUCUACUCCUUGUCUGUUGAAACUAUUAUCCGGGUUGCUCAAUUUUUGAUGUCAUUUGCAUCUGAAGAGAGCAGAAGCCUCAACAUUAAGUUUGUGUUGACUGGAAUGCUUGUUAUGGGGUCCAAUGGAACCACCCCCACGUUGUAGGGCCUCCCUUGUCUAUGAAAAAGAAGAUGGCCGUCCACUGCUGUUCCAUCAUCGGUGGCUGAAACAGAGUUGGGGCCAGGAGAAAAAUGGGUGCAAUGACUGAAAAUAGUAAAUCGAACCUCUAUUAGAAUAUUAUGAAAAUGGAUAGAUUUCUUUGUUGAGGAAAAAAAUUCCCAUCUCUGCAUUCUAAGUAGACUGUUACAUCAAUCAGUGACUUUGAAUUUUCUAUAAGGCGUUGUUUAAACAGUAGUCGACGUACAAUGAUGCUCCAAAGCUGCAUAAUUUCCGAACGUGGAUGUCGUUUACGUGCUUGUUGGCUUUCGACGAAUCCUACCAUUUGGUUCGAUAAAAUAUGCAACUUUCUAUGGUGAAAUUUAUGUGGCAUCUUGUAGUCUUAAUGUGAUUAUACGUAACACAAGUAUUUGCCUUAUUAGAUUAUAUUAAAGAUAAGUAAGAUAAUAUAAUAAAGCAAUUUUUUUUUUUUGCUUUAUUCAGUUAUUCUGGGGAAGGCAAAGUCCGGAAAUGCUACAGAUACAUGUUACAGAUGAGGUGUUGUGUAAAUGAAGGGUGGUGUUGUGGAAAAUGCAGAUCACAAUGAAAGAAUUAAAACCCCUUAUCUUAUAGUUUACAGUACCAGCUUAUCUAAUUGGAAUCUCCGAUGCACCAUCUGACCUCUUUUUGGUGGUUAUCAAGAUCUAAUUUGUGUCUGAUUGGAAUCUCCGAUGCACCACCUGACCUCUUUUUGGUGGUUAUCAAGAUCUAGUUUGUGUCUGAUUGGAAUCUCCGAUGCACCACCUGACCUCUAGUCGGUUGUUAACAAGAUCUAGUGAUUGGAAUCUCUGAUGCACCAAUGACAUCUUGUUGGUGGUUUACAAGAUCUAGCUUGUGCCUGAUUGGAAUCUCUGAUGCACCAGCUGACCUCCUUUUGGUGGUUAUCAAGAUCUUGCUUGUCUCUGAUUGCACCAAAUGACCCCUCGUUGGUGGAUAUCAAGUCCUGGUUGGAAUCUCCGAUUCACCGGAUCUGCUAAGACUGCUUUGCCGAUGUUCUUGUGAAAUCCUAAUUUGUUUGCCUUUUUGAACUUACCUCUAAGAUAAAACAAUAUUUUAUAAUAUUUUCGAAAAUGGCAUUACUAAACUAAGAAUAUUUAUUUUACAUUAAUUUUGAGUAUCAUGCAGACAAUUGGAACAUAAAAUGUGUCAAGAGUUUUAGUUUUAAUAAAUAACUAGCCUAGAUGGGUAAUUAAAUGAUAAAGAUAAGCCUAACACCUCUAUCAGAAUUUGGUGAUUGAUUGUUUGUAACAAUGAUCAAGGGUACAACUCAGGAGCUGGACUGGCAGCACGGAAUCCUAUGCUAAACAGGAGAAUUUAAAGCUACAGUUGGAGCUGAUCAAAACUGAACUAGAGUUAGUUCGAGUCCAACCGUAGCUUUAAAUUUUACUGCUUGGCAAGUUUCAGUUGGGGCUGUUGCGCCAGUUAAAAGCCAUCUGUUGCAGGAAGACUAGGGAGAGAAAUGCUGGUUGUGCUAUCGGUUGAGUACGAGAUGAGGGGGAAAGACACGUAGCCCCCCUCUGUGGAUAGAUCCCAUUUCUGUGGAUAGAUCUUCGAUUUCAGGAAAAUGCCUGACAAAGAUUUUGGAGGCCUUGUAGAAAGCUAUGAGUGCUCACUAGAUUAUAAAGGUGAACUGAAAAUUUGCAGCAUGCGCAUGAGAUAUUACAUGUCUUAUCAACAUCGUAUUACUUGUCCUUCAACAUACCAAUUGCUAAGUGGACUUUAGACAUUAUUAAUUAGACAUUUUGACAGGUCUAACUAAACAUGGUAAUCAACAGCUUUCUCACUCUUUGGUGAUCGGCCGCAGAGCAGGUUAGCUGGUAAGGGAACAGACAACGUAUACUAUGUGCCUUGGCCAAGUUGUGAAGGUAUCAACAAUUUAUUUUUUACGUUUUAUAUCCUGAUCUGGCUGCAACAUUUAUUUUUUUUAUUAAUACUAUAUUUUAGUCUAUUUUAAUGUGAUUUGUCAGAAAACGUUAACCACAUUUUUUUUCUUAAGAUUAAAUGCAUGACAAAAUAUUUGAGAUGAGGCCGAGCGAUCCUGAAUUUUCACUUUCAGGUUAUGAGCCAACACGGACAAGUAAAA